CCGCCUUGGACCGACGCCGCCGUUGGCCUGGUAUCCGCCAUGAAGUUUCGCGCUAAGAUCGUGGACCUGGCUUGUCUGAAUCAUUUCACACGAGUCAGUAACAUGAUAGCCAAGCUUGCAAAAACCUGCACCCUUCGCAUCAGCCCAGAGAAGCUGAACUUCAUCCUUUGCGACAAGCUGGCCAGUGGAGGCGUGAGCAUGUGGUGUGAGCUGGAGCAGGAGAACUUUUUUAGUGAAUUUCAAAUGGAAGGAGUCUCUGAAGAAAACAACGAGAUUUAUUUAGAAUUAACGUCGGAAAACUUAUCUCGAGCCUUGAAAACUGCCCAGAACUCCAGAGCCUUGAAAAUCAAGCUGACUAACAAACACUUUCCCUGUCUUACCGUGUCUGUGGAGCUGCAGGUGUCUUCAUCAAGCAGUAGCAGAAUCGUGGUGCAUGAUAUCCCCAUAAAGGUUCUUCCGAGAAGACUGUGGAAGGACUUACAAGAACCCUCCAUCCCAGACUGUGACGUCAGUAUUUGUUUACCAGCCUUGAAGAUGAUGAAGAGUGUUGUGGAAAAAAUGAGAAACAUCAGCAAUCAGCUUGUGAUUGAAGCAAACCUAAAGGGAGAAUUAAACCUAAAGAUAGAAACUGAGUUAGUGUGUGUGACUACUCAUUUUAAGGAUCUUGAAAACCCUCUAUUACCCUCUGACAGUGUCUCUCAAAACAGACACCCAGAAGACAUGGCCAAGGUGCACAUUGACAUCAAGAAACUACUGCAGUUUCUUGUCGGACAGCAAGUGACUCCCACCAAGGCAGUUUGCAAUAUUGUGAAUAACAGAACUGUUCAUUUUGAUUUGCUCCUGGAAGACGUCUCCCUUCAGUAUUUCAUCCCAGCCUUGUCGUAGCACCGUCUCGGCAGACUCAGGAGCACAGAGACCUUCGUCACUAUGAGAGAAGGACUGGACAAUAUGGUCAGUCAGCUGCCUAUCUGCACAGUACUAUACAUCUGUACUUGGCUUAUUUCUCUCCCUAUGCUGCUUUAAGCACAAAUGGAAUUAAUGAAGCACAGUUGGAUAGUCACUCCUUCAAAUUACUCAGUACCAAUCCCCUUAUCUCUUUUAAGACAUUAAGAAGAAAAGAAUUUAUUUUUUAUAGAGUUUUUGUUGUUUUGUUUUCUUCUGAUGCCGGAGAUGAGACCAGGGUGUCAUGCAUACUUAGCACACACUCUGCCACUGAGCUGCUCCCCACCCCUAUCUAAAAUUUGAGUAGUGGUUUAUCAAUGAGGUUGCAAAAAUUAUAUGUGUAGAAUUCAUGUUGCAGUCAGUACAACCCAGGUAGUUUGCAGUUCAUUCCCUGGUAUAACACACAGCUGGCUGCUUUCAGAGUUUAGCAUGCUCAUUUCUCCCAUCCACACAUCUAGGAGAUCAGUGCAAAAUGGACAGCCCCUCUGUCCCUGCAGCAUGCCCAGUCUCUCACCACACCGUUGAGUAUACAGCUCCUGCAUGUGGAGCCUUGCGUGAUUUACUGAAGAUUCAAGUCCACUCACUUCCUUCUCGCUGCCUGCAGAGCUCCCAGCCUGGAGAAACUGGGUGCCUGAGAGCCUAAAGGACCCAGAAACCUACCCCCAACCCACACAGUUCCCAUCUUGAACUUGGCCGUUUUGUAUUUUCUGGUUUUAGGUUAUAAUUUAAUUCCCUGUUUUGUAGCACUCAGGUCAAGCCCAGGACUGGGUACAUGCUAGGCAGGCACUGUGUGCCAAACUCUAUCUCCAGUCCUUUCUAUCAUAAUGUUGUAUAAUGCUUCCACAGUGUCAGAUCUACCCUUCUGUAAGGAGCGUUGUUUUGUGUAAAGCAGUCGGAGCUCAGCUGUCCGUCAUAUCUGUGACGUGCUGAGGGUGUGUCCUGCUCCUGGAUUGCAGCUGGCUCACCCUAAACAGUGACUUCCCAUUCUCCAAAAACACCGUUACCCGGUUUUCAGCUCUAACUAGGUGUCAUGAGGUGGCAUCAUAAACAGAGUUUUCACGUCACAAAGUCAAGGCCUAAGUUGCCUAGGAUAAGAUCUUAAAAGAAAAAAGAAAAUUAAACAAAAAGAACAUUUCAUUUUUGGCUUUUUCAAAUUAUUAAGGAAAAGUAGCAUUUCUCAAUGGCUGUUAGGAUUAUUCAUUGUAGUUUCCAUUGUUACUAGAAAGGUUCUUGUAUAAGCCAAGCUGGACUCAGAUGCGCUCUACAUAGAUUGGCCUGGAACUCCCAAGCUCCUAUCCUGUUCCUAAGUGCUGUUAUGACAGAUAUGAGCCAUCACACCACUGGCUCUGCUGCUAUUUAAUAAUAAGACAUAUUUAAUUAAACUAAUAUUUUAAAACUAGGGAUUCUUUCAUCGUUAAUACUUGUAACAAAAAUAAAUCAAAAUCAUGAUGGAGAUGGAAUUUCAGGAGACUCCCUACACCUUGUUCCUUAGGCUUGUCUUUCUGCCGGAAGUACCAGAACCUCACUAGUCACCAAUUUCACCGCUGUGUCGCAUACCUGAUGCCAGUAACUUUACAGUGACCUAACGUUGGGGGAGAACAAGCUUCCAUUGGCAGUCAAGGGAUGUGGUCUUUCUGGUUCUUGCCACAACUUUCUGCGUAGUGUUCCUUUCAUAGCUUAUGUCUCAAGGAGCUGUAGUCAAGGGAGGGAGCUGAGAAAGAGCUAGGUUAGGAGAACUGGGAGCUGCUUUGUGAAACCCCAUCCUGAGGUGGAGACUGAGACCAGAGACAUUUUACUGUGUGUUGUCUGCAGUUUGGAGAUGGACUUUCACUCACUAUGACUGCCUAAACUCUGAGGUUUGCAGAGUACUUCCAUCCAUAUGAGAGCCCGUAAGCUGUCCCUGACCUUGCCUGCCAGGGCUCACAACCCAUAUUCCUGGUAACUUGUCUUGAACUGAGAUUUUAAGACUGUCCUGAGAGAAUCAGGAAUGCAGAAGAAUUCCUAAUGCCGUCACUUAAGCCAGUGUCCAAGUGGGCUUGUUAUCCUGUGGCCUACCUUGGUUCAGCAGGCACCUUGGUUCAGCAGGUCUCCAGGCUGAGUCUGUCCUGCUGUGCAUCUUGCCACAGAGAAUCCUGCUCUUGGAAGUCUGAAAAGCAGUUCAACAUUAGUUCCGGGGCGGGAAUUCUAGUUCUUCCACCAGGAGCAGUGGCUGAUGACAUUCGGUAAACGUCACCCAAUUAGUGGAAUACCCUUUGUUUUUAAGAGAUGUAAUUCUGUACUUUUUAAUUUUAAAGAUUUUGCUGGGUUGUCAGAGCGUACAAGCUGGAGAAUUGUUAGAUGGUUGAGGGUUCUAUGGCUGUCACUCAAUCCACAGUCGUUCCUCGCCUUUCACUCUGUGCCUUCCCUCUUGGGCACCUGGUUAUCUCUCUCAGUUUCUAUACUUACCUGCUCUGCACAGCUUUUUAACCUCCUCCCAAGACGCCCAGGCCUCUGAAACCACCAUUCCUUACUACACCUAGGAGGGCCUGGUGCUCUUGACUCUGUGGUAAUCAGAAUCUGCAAUCUGCGUGUCAAGUGUAUACUCGUCCCAGCCUUUGCACCUUGGCUUCUGCCCAUGUCCAUCCUUGUAUAGUAAAUCUGUCUAGAAAUGCUGUCUUUCUGUAGGCCCUGUAGCCACUGCAAAGCUUGACAGCCUUGCCAUUUCUACAAGGGUGCUCUCCCAGCAUUCACACGUUGAUUGCUGUGAGGCACAUCCUGGAUUGUAUUUAAAUGGCCUGGGUAGGCUAGCGCUGCUCUGCUCACACUGUCUCAUGUGAACAGACCAGAACAGACUCCUACAAAGUCUCAGAAUGUGGGGAAGCCAAAUGCCAGCUCCUGUCUAUUUCCACUGUGGAGUCAUAUAAAGGGAAUUUCUCAGUGUGUGGUCUAUGAGCUGCAUAGAGCAGCUUUGUAGUUACCCUGACUGUCUGCUCAUGGUUUUGCAUUUCUCUGUGACCCAAUGGGUGGCACAGCUUCACUCCAAAAUUUGGAGAAUUCAGGGUAGUCGUCUUGCUGCUGGAAAGUGAGUAGUUGGAAUUAUGUGGUGACAUGGAGAAGUCACAGUCUUUACUCCACCUUUUUGCUAAUGCCACACUCCAGUUCUGUGCUUUUGUGUGGAUUCUGAUGGAGAGUCUAAAGGGAGCAUGAGUUGGUCAGUUUUUUUUUUUCUAAAAACAGUGUUAAACUAAGAGAUGAUAAAUUAGAAUCAUUUGGACAUUGAUGGUAGGAGGGGUGUUAGUACCAAUGUCCUGAAGGUCACUUUGCUAUUUACUAUCCGUGGGAAAGCUUGAAACUGCUUCCUUUGAUUUAAUACUUAUGCUUGUAAGAGUCAUUUAACACAGGUUAUAAUCAAAGCUUAGUACUGUUAUAAAUAAGAAAUUUCCUAAUGUGAAUGAACAGGGAAUUGGUAGAUAAUCUGUGCUGUAAUAUCAUACCCUAAUGCAAUACAAUAAAGUGCUGCUAAUAUGGUAACAAAUUAGUGGGAUGCUGGUGUCCAUGGUGUGUGACAUUAAAGACCAGGAAGCCUGGGUGUUUUUUACUUCAGUCUUUUUAUAUUUGUGUAUUUUCUAACAAUUUCACAACCAACAUUGUAAUGACAAUAUUU